GACGUGACGACAGAUUUGGCGACACGCGCUAUUGUGUAGAAGAACGUGCAAAUUCGUGUUUUGUGUCACGUGUAAAUCCUUUAAAGAAGUCAUGUUUUUGCAGGUUUACCUCAAUGAAAACGGAGAUCGGGUGUAUACUUUGAAAAAGGCGGAUGCUAAUGGACAACCCACAAGUUCGGCGCAUCCAGCGCGCUUUUCUCCAGACGACAAGUACUCUCGUCAUCGCAUCAUCUUGAAGAAGCGCUUUGGUCAGCUCCUCACUCAGCAGCCUCGCCCAGUGUUAUGAAGCCAGCGAUGGCACAGAUCCAGACAUUAUUCUACUUUGUCUACACACAUCCUAUUUUAUCUUUUCUGAAGAAUUGUGAUGGCACAGAGAAUUGGAGCAGCACAAGGAGGACUUCACCAGUUGGGCCAGAUUUGUGCUGCCCAUUGUCCUCGCCAUACUGGACCAUCUCACCUGUAGUGGAUGUUAAAGACCAUACAUUGUCUACACAGACAUAGCUAAAAUGAAUUGCUGUUGGUUUACAUCUCAGUGAAGUGUGAAUUCCUACAAUAAACAUUUUUUUAUUUACAAGAAA